AUGUCUAGUACACUCAAAAAGAGAGGCAAGAAGGGUGUAUCGGACACUCUGCCACCAGAAGUGGAAAUCUUGCAUGAGCAGGAAAAGUCUGUGGUGGUACACAAGGACCCUGAAUCGUAUUACUGGUUAGGGCUCAUAGCCGUCACCGCAGUAGCUGCGUUCUUACGUUUCAGAAUCCUUGAUUUCCCCAAUAAAGUCGUUUUCGAUGAGGUCCAUUUCGGCAAGUUUGCUUCGUACUACUUAGAAGGAACCUACUUCUUUGACUUGCACCCACCAUUUGCAAAGCUUCUCAUUGCAUUUGCUGGAUGGUUGGUGGGCUACAACGGUGCAUUCAAGUUCGAUAACAUCGGAGAUAGCUACAUCGAGAACAAUGUGCCAUAUAUGGCAUUCCGUAUCUUCCUGGCUGUUCAGGGUACUGCUGUUGUCCCUAUAAUGUUCUUGACCAUGAAGACGCUCAAGUUCUCGGCCCUCGCCUGUGUUUUGUCCGCAUCCAUUGUUGCGUUCGACAAUGCUCAGGUCAUUGAUUCGAGACUUAUCUUGUUGGACGCUACCUUGAUUUUGAGUGUGGCAUUGACCAUUUUCACCUACGCCAAGUUUAGCACAUACCGUCAACAACCCUUUUCCAAGUGGUGGUGGACAUGGCUUCUUUCGACUGGUUUGUCCUUGUCCUGUGUGAUUUCCACCAAGUAUGUCGGUGUUUUCACAUAUUUCACCAUCGGACUUGCCGUUGUUCACGAGUUGUGGAUUUUGCUUGACAUUAAGAAGGGUCUUUCUCUUGAGCAAUUCGCCCAGCAUUUCUUUGCUCGCUUCUUUGCUUUGAUCCUCAUGCCUUUUGCGAUCUACUUGUAUUGGUUUUACUUGCACUUCUCGAUCUUGUCCAAAUCCGGUCCUGGCGAUUCCUUCAUGUCCUCUGAUUUCCAGGAAACUUUGGAGGACCUGGAACACACUAUUCAAAGUAAGAAUGUUAACUACUAUGAUAUCGUCACCAUUGAACACAAAGACACCCAAAGUUUCUUGUAUUCUCACGAUGCCGUGUGGCCUUUGAGAUACGAGGAUGGCAGAAUCUCUUCGAAUUUGCAACAAGUUCUUUCGUACAAGGAAGACUCCGAGACUGCUUCGAAUGACAUUAACUCUCAAUGGGAGAUUCUUCCAACAAAUGGUGAAGGAAAGGGUCAAGCAGUUUACACUAAUGAUGUGGUUCGUUUGAGACAUGUGGGUACCGGCGGUAUUCUCUUGACCCAUGACGUUGCAUCGCCCUUGAAGUCCACUAACGAAGAGUUUAUUGUUGUCCACGGCGAUGUUCCAGAAGAAAGAUACCAAGAGACCUUGUUCCGCUUGAGAUUCGCUGAGAAUGGUGGCGGUAACGAGAAAAAGAGAAAGCUUGUGAAAACCAAGAGCGUUGGUCUCAGAUUUGUUCAUGUUGACACAGUUGUGGCAAUGUGGACGCAUGAUGACGAGUUACUUCCUGACUGGGGUUUGGAGCAACAAGAGGUCAGUGGUAGCAAAAAGGUUCAAGAGAAAGACAACACUUGGAUCAUCGAUUCCAUUGUCAACCUUCUGGAGGAUGAUGCCAGGGCACAAUUCAUCCCUAAAAUUGUUACACAUAUCCCAUUCUUGAAAAAGUGGUGGGAACUCCAAGGUUUGAUGUUUUUGCACAACAAUCAAUUGUCGUCUGAGCAUCCAUUUGCCUCCCAACCAGAUUCAUGGCCUCUUGCCAUGGUCGGUGUCUCUUUCUGGAACGACAACGACGAGCGCAAACAGAUUUUCUUCAUUGGAAACAUUGUCGGAUUCUGGUUCGAGGUUGGAUUCCUCUGUAUUUAUGUUGGUUAUGUUCUUGCCGACUUGGUUACUAGCCGCCGUGACUACCACCUUUUGACCAACAAAGGCAGAUCAAGAUUGCAAACCACAUUGGGCUUUUUGUUUGCUGGUUGGGCUUUGCAUUACUUCCCCUUCUUCUUGAUGAACAGACAAAAGUUUUUGCACCAUUACUUGCCAGCCCACUUGAUUGCCGCUUUGUUCACGGGAGGAUUUGUUGAGUUCAUGUGUACCAAUCACUCCCACCAUGUCAAGAGAGGUAUUCAUCCGUACAACAUCAACAAAAGAAAGUUUGUUUUUGCCUCUGCUUGUAUCAUUGGUGCCACAGCAUAUUUCUUCUGGUACACCAUGGUGAUCACUUACGGUAACUUCACCUUGGCCCCAGAGGAGAUCAAGAAGAGAGAAUGGUUCGACAUUGUGUUGCACUACACCAAGUAG